GAUUUUUUUAAGAAGAGAGAGAGGGAGAGAGAGGGAGACGGCUUCUCACCGGAAGCUCUACGCAGCAUAAAAUAGUUUUCAGACAAAACCUUCGAAACACGCAGCAGCAGAUAUUAUUGGUGAUGGCGCAUCAGGAUGCUCGGUGUAAUGAUUCAAACGCACAAGAUCAUACUUCAAUGACCAUUGAGUUCCUCCGUGCGCGUUUGCUUGCUGAAAGAGCUGUUUCCAAGAGCGCAAGAGCUAAACUUGAUAGCCUCUCUGAUAAAGUAGCAGAGCUGGAGGAACAGCUCAAGAUUGUGUCUUUACAGAGAAAAAAGGCGGAACAGGCUACUGCUGAUGUCCUUGCUAUCCUUGAAGCAAACGGGUUUCAUGAUCAUGAUGCUUAUGAUUCAAGCUCUGAUCAAGAAAGCCACUCUCAGACUACUACUCAUUCAGUGUCUACCAAAAGUCUAUCCUGGAAAGGCCGCAGGAGAGAAGCUAGUUCUUCCGACAAGACCAAGGAGUCUCGUAAUAGGAGAGAGAGAGGCUUCGUGUCUGCUUACUUUUCCUCGCCAAGACACCACCGGCAAGGAAGAUCUUGUCGACAAAUAAAACGCAGCGAGUCAAGAAAUGUGUCUGAAGAUCACAAGAGAGAUGGAAAUACAGUUGUUGAUCUUCAAGGAAAAGGAGAUCGCACUGAAGUGCUUCCUAAAACAAGUGAAGAAGCAUCCACAACUGUGGUUGAUGUUAAGGGAGAAGAAAGCUUGCAGAAGUUGUCAUGUUCAAGUGUUUUCGAGAAGGGAAACAGCAUGGACGUCAACUUGGAGAAAGCGUUAAGAAAACGUGCGCAAGUUGUUGGAUCUUAUGAAGAUAUGGAAGAGACUCAGAAGCAAUGGGAGAAGAAGUUCACUGAGAAUAAAUCAUCUGCCCUGGAUGUAUGUGACGUAGGAAACCAUUCAGAUGUGACAGAUGAAAGUAACGGAGAAAAAUCUCAAGCUCAGGUUCAAGGUUCCACAUUAGUACACUCAAAGUCUAUGGCCAAUGAAGUUGACCUUGAAACUUUGUCACAUGGUUCGCCUGAUAAUUCAGUAACAUCACCUGAUAAGUGCUGCAAAAGUUGCGGUUCCAAAUCUGUGGAACUAGAUGCUUCUCUUUCUGGAGACAACGGAAAGCAUAUCUCUGAGAGUCCUAAAAGUGAGUCUUCCCAUCCACAGAGCUGCAAAGGUAGCUCUGAGCAAUCUUCAUCAACUAUUCGAGCAACUACUGUACCACGACCAAACUCUAGAGGUGGUUGUUUUGGUAGUAAUGCUACUACCACCAUCCAGAAAGUAGAUUAUCCCUUACUUCCAGUGGCAAAGGAAACGUCUGAUACAUGUGAUACUGUGCUCACUGCGCUAAAGCAAGCUAAGCUGUCUCUGCAAGAGAAAGUCAAUAGCUUACACAUCACAAAACCUGAGUAUCUUUCCGAGAGUUCUUAUCCUUCAACGCCAGUUUCAUAUAUGAACACACUACCGAUAGAGCCAGCAUUUGGUACCAAACCAUCUCUCCCUGCUUCCAACGUCGGCUCCAUGCUAGAUUUUCCUGUUGGCUGUGCCGGACUUUUCAGAGUACCCACUGAUUUUUCACCUGAGUUAUCAACGAGGAACAGCUUUGUAGCCUCUAGUUCUCAGAAAGCUCUUGUUAACCAUUUACCUGAGAGAGACAUUCCUUUGCUACCUGGAGAUCAGGUUUUCACCAAAACAUUAACAUCCACAAGAAACCUCCUGGAUCAUGGCUUCCAAAGCCAAUUAAUAGACACAGAGCGCCCUUUGACCACUCCAUACAUUGGUGGACCAAAACUAUGGGCAGGCUUCAGGGAAGAUGGUCAACCUGUUGUGGAUACUCAAGAAUCAAGACUUCAUAAAGGCACACCAAGGGCUUCAGGGAGUGUCAGAACAUCUGGUUUUCAAGGUAACCAACUAUCCUCAACUAGCUUCGACAUGGAUAGACAAGUAAGUACAUAUACUCCCCUGUCAAUGUCACCUACUCGAAGCUUGUACCCAGAUUCAGUUCUGCGUAGUAGAGAAAUGUACUCGACUCCUUAUUACACGCGUGCGGCUGGGCUGCCUCCUACUGGUGGUUCAGGUGACGACUUAUUUAGGCGAGUAUGAUUCUGUUGGAUGCUUGUGCACUGUUGUAGUAGACUAUACCAGCUUUGUAUGAAUUUGGAUACUGUAAAGAAGAGGCAAAAGUGAUUCAUAGCUUUGCAAUGAUAGGAAAAUUGUCAUAAGUAGGGUGGUUUUUAA